CUUUUCAACACUUCUCAAUGGACACACGACUACGUCUACUCGCCGUCGCCAUCUUAGGACGGAGAGAUUUCCAUGUCAUUGAUUCCUCUUCGUCGGUCGAAUUGUUUGCCCAGCUUUUCGUCCGUUAAUGCAUGGAACUCCCAGUUACGAGAAGCUCUGAACCACAAUGACCCAGCGAAAUCUCUUCUUCUAUAUCGAGAUAUGAAGCGCAAUGGCAUUGAGCCCAACUACUUGACCUUUCCCUUCGUCGCAAAGGCGUGCGCUAGGCUCUCCGAUCUCAAUUGCUGUGAAAUCAUCCAUGCCCACGUUUUGAAAUCCCCGUUUUCCUCAGAUAUGUUUGUCGGGACGACAAUGGUUGAUAUGUAUGUGAGAUGUAAUCGUCUGGAUUAUGCCACUAAAGUGUUCGAGAGAAUGCCUGAAAGAGAUACUGCUGCUUGGAAUGUGAUGCUCUCUGGUUUUUCUCAGCCGGGUAUCACUGAGAAGGCGUUUUCUUUGUUUCGUAAAAUGAGGCUCAAGGAGAUCCCGCCUGAUUCUGUGACUGUUUUGACUUUGAUUCAAUCUGCUUCUAGUGGAGAAAGUUUGAAACUUUUAAAGGCUUUGCAUUCUUUUGGGACACGUCUCGGUAUAGAUUCGCAAGUUUCAGUUGCCAACACGUGGAUUUCGGCCUAUGCAAAAUGCAGUGACUUGGAUUCAGCAAAAUCAGUUUUUGAAUCCAUUGACAAAGGUGACAGAACAGUAGUUUCUUGGAAUUCUGUGAUCGGAGCAUGCGCCAAUUUUGAGAACGCUUAUGAAGCUUUCGGCUUUUACCGGUUGAUGCUGCGUGAAGAAUUUGAACCAGAUUUAAGCACCCUUGUUAAUUUGGCUGCUUCUUGUUCAAACCCUGAAGCACUAACUACAGGAAGGUUGAUUCAUUCUCAUGCAAUCCGUCUUGGUUCUGAUCAAGAUGUAGGUGUGGUUAAUACCUUAAUAUCUAUGUAUUCGAAGUCUGGGGACAUCUGCUCAGCUCGGCUUUUGUUUGAUGCCAUGUCUACCAGAACAUGUGUUUCUUGGACUGUCAUGAUAAGUGGGUAUGCUGAGAAAGGCAACAUGGAUGAGGCAUUAGCCCUUUUUCUUGGCAUGUGUGAAAGAGGAGAGAAGCCGGAUGUAGUAACUGUGCUCUCCCUGAUUUCGGGUUGUGGAAAGACUGGUUCACUGGAUAUUGGAAGAUGGAUUGACGCUUACGCUGAUACUAACAGAUUCAAGCGAGAUAACAUCAUGAUCUGUAAUGCACUGAUCGAUAUGUACUCAAAGUGUGGAAGUAUACGUGAAGCUCAGGAUAUCUUCGAUCGCAUGCCCAACAAAACUGUUGUGACAUGGACUGCGAUGAUAGCUGGAUACGCAUUGAAUGGAAUCUUCCUCGAAGCUUUGGAACUUUUCGAUGAAAUGAUAAAUUCGGUUUACAAGCCAAACCACAUAACAUUCCUCGCUGUUCUCCAAGCCUGUGCUCAUUCGGGUUCUCUAGAAAAAGGGUGGGAAAUCUUCCGCAUGAUGAGAGAAGUGUAUAAAAUCGAUCCCGGGUUAGACCAUCAUUCUUGCAUGGUAGAUCUUCUUGGUAGAAAAGGAAGGCUAAAAGAUGCCCUACUGCUCAUCCACAACAUGUCAGCUAAACCAGAUGCUGGCAUUUGGGGCGCACUGCUCAACGCUUGCAAGAUCCACCGUAACAUAGAGGUUGCCGAGCAUGCGGCUAACCAUCUUUUUGUGUUGGAACCACAGUCGGCUGCUCCGUACGUGGAAAUGGCUAAUAUGUACGCAUAUGCUGGGAUGUGGGAUGGAGUAGCGAAGAUAAGAUCGCUGAUGAAAUGCAGAAACGUAAAGAAGCAUCCUGGAGAAAGCGUGGUUCAGAUGAAUGGCAAGAAUCACGUUUUUACAGUGGAAGACCGCGAUCACCCUCAAGGCGAAGUGAUAUACUCGGUGUUGGAAAGUUUGAGUUUCCUUGCCAAAGAUGAGAUCUUUGCCCUGCAGUUACGAGGUAGCUAUGAAUAUGACCGGUGAAACAAGCAAAAUUUGAGUGCGGGCAUUAUCAAAGAGGUAACUGGUGGAGAAAGAGAGGUUGGAGAGAGAGAACAUAGUGCUCGCCAGAGUCUGAUAGCGACGUUUAGCGAUAAAGAACCACUAGCGAAGACGCUUGACAAGUACGCCAAGGCCGUAAGGUGUGAACACUGCUUUAUGCUAUUCGAAGAAAUCGGCAAGAUCGAUAAGUGGCUGCAAUGCCUCCAGGAGUUCUGAUGGAUGCAGAGGCAGUGAUAGUACAUUGCCGGUACUCCAAGUUGAUAUCAGUCAUCGCAUUUAAUUUGCAAUCUCAGCAAGAAAUUCCAGUCUCUGCAGAUUUUUGAAAGCCUUGAACUGAAACAGAGUACCCUAUUAUUAGACUGAUCCUCAUUCUUCAUCUCGGCCAUGACCUUUCAUUUCAGUUCAUCUGUUCAAGUCUGGAGAGUGACAGAUGUAGCAGACAUGUUUCAUUGUCGGAAUCCACAAGCUUGUACGAUGAGAGCGAGCAGCCAUGCUUUCCCUUGUCAAAGAUCAACUGAAUCGGAGGAGAAAGUUAGCCACGUAGUUAAUCUCCUUCAAAUGAUUUUCGGAUGAGCAGUUUGGUAAUCAGAAAAGUUCAUCUCUUUGUAUAUGUACUGAAACAAGAAUUGCAAUAUUAGUGAAGCCAAUCAAAACAAGGGUUUGGCCAUUCUCUCUCUC